UGUCUGGGAGGAGGAGAGGGAGACUGCGGUGUUGUUAGUUUGAACAAAAUGGCUGCGACACCACUGUCAACGAGAGCUCAGUGAAUACGCCUACCAGGACUGUCCGCUCCGCUGUCCGGAUCCACACAGAAUGUAUUUCCCCGGAGUCGCUUCUCACUUCGCACCCGCGGUAGCCAGCGCGUCGCUACUCGUCCGGCUGGCGACAUAAACAAAACAAAAAGAAAACAUUUCUUUUUUGCACUUUAAAACAAGUUAGCUGACGGCGGCUCGCUCCAAUACGAGAGAGCUCAGCAGCGUUUUUUUUAUAUUAUUAUUAAUAAUACCGAGAACCGCCUGAAUUCUCCGGUUUGCAAAAAAAAACCUCGCGACGGUCGACGAUUCUCAGCGUCAACCAGCUAACGUUAGCUUCAAUUCGCUGCUUUUAAAAGUCAUUUUAUCCGUGUUGGCUUAUUUUUUUUGUUUGUGUUAUUAGUGGUGCGCCGUGCACCCCCCCCCCCCCCCGCCCACUUUAUAUCGUGACGUUUUACAGAUUCCUUGCGAGUGUCAUUUCUCUGUGUAUCUUUUUUUAAUUUUUCCUGCUCAACGCAUAUUCAUCACCGUGCUCGCUGUGUGAAACGUUACAUCUGGCUCCGCAGCCGCUGUUUACCUCGGUCUCCUGUCACCAGUCGGCUUAUACCUGCAAAGUCCUGACUUCAGAAAUACGAAUCGCGACUGAAUCUCCGAUGCUCCAUCUUUUUUACGGGUAACUUCAGAGAGGACAUCGGAGGAUGCUUUUCUGCGUCUGUUUUUCUGCCAUGCACCGACUCCUCUCCGAAAGCUGCCAGAGCUGUGGUUAACGCGAGUGCUCUCAGCCCCAAAUUCAACACUUCCUGAUUCAGCUGAGAGAAGCUAGCGACAGAAGAAAGAGAACCAUUUGAUGGAAGAAAAGAAAAAGAAAAGACAAGAAGAAAAGACCAAGAAAGACACCGCUCAGAAAAAGGCUGCUGAUCAGAAACCCAAAGUGCCAGAGCCUGCUCCCACUAAGCCCAGCCCCGGCCCACCCCACCACCUCCACCCUGCCAGCCUCGCGCUGCCCCUCUCCUCUUCCUCCUCUUCUUCUUCUGGCAAUGGCAAGCACACCUCCUCCAGUAGCCAGCUCCCGACUCAGACUCCCCCUCUGCAGCAGUGCCAGUUGUCCUCUGCCAGUGCUCGCUACCCGCCCAGAGAGGUGCCCCCGCGCUUCCGCCAGCAGGAGCACAAGCAGCUACUGAAGAGAGGCCAGCCACUGCCUGCAGGAGCCCUCAGCGCUCUGACCCUCUCCUCCUCAUCUUACUCCUUUUCUACAAGUACAAGCAGCACUACCCCAAACUCUGCCACGUCCACUGCGGGCAAACGCCACCCAGACAUAUCCCUCCAGUGUGGCUCUGGUGCCCAGUAUGAGACCUCUCGUUGGGGAGCCUCUUUGCCAGUUGAAAGCCCCACCAGUGCCAACAGCUGGGACAAAGUGAUUAUUGACGAAAGUGACAAAGAAGCUUGGAGCUACAUCAGCCACAAUAGUGACCCCAACAACUCUUCAGCCCUAGAAUGCCCCUUAGAAACAGCCAGCUCUAACCUAGAAACCAGUGCUAUCAGUAUAUCAAUGAGUAUGGCCACAGGUGCCGCCGGCCAGCAGGCCCACUACACCUCUCUCAAAGCUAACAAUAAUAUGAUGACUGGACCUGGGUCAGCCAACACACUAGCUGGUAAUAGAGGCUGGGGCUCUGACGUGAAACAAGAAAGUAUGAAUGGUGGUCGAGUAGGAGCACCCAAUAACUGGGGCGCUCCCAAUUUUAACUUGAAUCUCAAUCCCAAUGCCAACCCAUCAGCAUGGCCUGUGCUGGGCCAUGAAGGUGGUGACCCCAAUGGAGUCUCUAACUCUGCAUCUCUCCCACCAGGUAUUAAUGGCAAUGGAAACAUGGGAAAUGGGAGCCCAGGAGGUACUGAUAAUGGUGGGGGAGGUUGGGGUGGCAUGCUAAGUCCAAAUGAAAAUGAUCAGCGACCUUCAUGCAACACAAGCUUGUCCUUCAAUAUGGACCUUAACACUGAUGGACCAAACCACACUAAGCAACAACAGCAAGUUCAAGAGCCUAUGAGCCCUAUCCACGGCUUAACUGGCUGGGGAGGCCAAUCACCCACCGAAUCAUCCCAGCUCAAUGGGGACACAACAAGCACCUCUUUAUGGGGUGGUGGAGAAACAAAGGCAGCUGACUCUCCCAAGGAUUCAGGCUGGGACUCAAAUCCUUCAAGAGGUCAUUCUGCCUGGGGCCGCCAAGGCAGUGGUGGAGGGAGUAGUGGAAGUGGUGGCUGGGGGGACUGGGGGAAAUCUGCUGGGGGUGGAGAUGGAUCUAAAGGCUGGGACUCAGUAGAUGCUGGUAGUUCAGGUUCAGGCCAAGAGCAGCCACUUAGUUCAUGGGGCCAGCAGCCUGGAACAGCACCAGCAAGUGAUGGUAGUGGAGACAGCAGUGAAGGUAGAUCCCAGCAGAGAGACAGGUCCUCCAGCAUGGAGUUUACCCCUGGGCCACCCCGACAGGACCUGGACCCUAGGGUGCUGAGCAACACGGGUUGGGGACAGACCCCCAUUCGACAGCACACUGUAUGGGAGAUGGAAGAAGCCAGUUCUGAUGAUAGCAAGAGCAACAGCAGCUCUGUAGGAGGCUCCAGUUCUAAUGGGGGACCUUCAUCCACCAAUGGAGGUACCAUUAAUCCCAACAUCAGCUCUAGACAGCGGCCUGGGUCUGGGGGAAAAAGUGACAAAGGAGAAUCAUCAUCCUCUGGUUGGGGAGCCCCUCCACCUCAGCCAAUCCAGACUGGAUCAGGAUGGGGAGAACCGCCACAGUCACUUAGCAAAGCCUCAAAUGGCACUACAAAUAACUGGGGAGACCCUUUGCCCACCAAUGGUCAUAAAAGUGGGGGCACACCGUCCUGGGGUUCUGAAGACAAGUCACCAAAUUGGGAAGAUGGCCCUAAGAAAAGUCAGCCUACUAGCUGGGGUGAAGGCCCCAAAAAUAACCAUGGACGGGGAAGGAGUAAUGGUGGCUCCAAUGGCCCCAGCACAGGAGACUGGGGAGAAAAAGAGGUAAAAAACAAUGGUUCCUCCAGCAGCAUGUGGGAAGGAGAAGGUGGUAAUGGAGGAAAUGGAGGAAAUGGUGGAUGGAAGGAUAGUCCCAGAGGAGGAAAUAGAGAAGGAGGCUGGAGCAAGCCUGCUCCUGCUGUGAGUAAUAGCAGCUGGGGGGAGAACCCACGUUCUAAUGGCCCAGUACAGGGAGGCUGGGGAUCAUCCAAGCCCCAGGAAAGCAGCAGCAGCAGCAGUAAUGGAAGUGGAGGAGGAGGAGGCAGCAUUGGUUCUUGGGGUGGUCCUGGUUCUGUGAAACAGAACACCUCUACCUGGGGCAAUGUCAGCAAACAGGAGCAAGUCAAGGAAACCAGUGGCUGGUUGGAGCCCUCCCCUCCCUCUGUCCGUAGGAAUAUGGAGAUUGAUGAUGGAACAUCAACCUGGGGCGAAUCCACUACCUUCAACAAGUCUGCCAACAUGUGGGAUCGCAACAAUCCCAAUAAUGACCAAGGCAACAGCGGCUCAACUCCCAGUAAGAAUGGUGGAAUGAUUAUGCCCAACAAUAACAUCAACAAUCACUCUGUCAGCCCUGGGAACAACAAUCACCAUCAUGCUCACCACGUGCACCACCAUCCCCAUCAUGGCCAACCCCCAACUCACCUGCAACACCAUGGAAACAACAAUGGGUCACCCAACAAUGCCGUCUCACAUCCAGGUCCUGGUCCCCAAGGCAGACCCCCGCUCGCCAACCCAGGCUGGGGAGAGCUUCCCAGUGUUCAGCCCAAGUCUGAGCCUGCUUGGGGAGAGCCAGCAGCUCCAACAUCAACCGUGGACAAUGGUACUGCUGCCUGGGGCAAGCCCCAAAGGGGAGUAGGAACGUGGGGAGAUGGCAGUCAUGAGUCCUCUGGACCCUAUGGCAGGGCCAACGGGCCCCAAGGUUCUACGCCCUGCAAGCCAGGCCCUAAACCUAUGCAAGAGGGCUGGGGAAAUGGAGGAGAGGAGAUGGGCAUGUCUACCAGCCAAUGGGACACUGAGGAUGGGGACAUGUGGAACAGCCCGACCUCCCAGGAGAGCAGCUCCUCGUGUAACUCUUGGGGCAAUGGACCCAAGAAAUUCCCAAGCAAGGGGAAGAUGGGCAACAAGCCAGAUGAGGCUUGGAUCAUGAAUCGUCUCAUCAAGCAGCUCACUGACAUGGGCUUUCCGAGAGACCCUGCUGAGGAGGCUUUAAAGAGCAACAACAUGAACCUUGACCAGGCCAUGAGCGCCCUGUUGGAGAAGAAGACGGACCUGGACAAGAGGGGUAUGGGCAUGUCUGACUACAGCAACGGCAUGAACAAGCCCAUGGUGUGUCGGCCCUCAGCACUCUCCAAAGACCCCUCUGACCGCAACACCUUUCACGACAAGGAUGGAAUGCUGUCAGACGACGCCUCCCCAUCACCGUUUCUGCCUUCCCCCAGCCUGAAGCUCCCCCUGGCCAAUAGUAGCCUUCCCGGGCAGGGUCUGGGACAUGGCAACCCGGGGCUGGCCAUGCAAAACUUGAACAACAGACAACAGAUACCCAGUGGAAUGUUUGGCAGUAGUGGAGCAGCACAAACCCGGGCCAUGCAGCAGCAGCAGCAGCAGCAGCAGCAACAGCAGCAACAGCAGCAGCAGCAGCAGCAGCAGCAGCAGCCUCCUCAGCCACCUGUGCAACCUCUCAGCUCCUCCCAGCCUAGUCUACGUGCUCAAGUGCCUCCGUUUCUCACCCCUCAGGUCCAAGCACAGCUCUUGCAGUUUGCAGCAAAAAACAUAGGUCUGAACCCUGCACUUUUAACCUCACCAAUAAACCCUCAACAAAUGACCCUGUUGUACCAACUUCAGCAACUGCAAAUGGCAUACCAGCGUUUACAAAUCCAGCAGCAGAUGAUGCAGGCGCAGCGCAAUGUUUCCGGGCCCAUUAGACAACAAGAGCAGCAAGUUGCACGUACAAUCACCAACAUGCAGCAGCAGAUCCAGCAGCACCAGCGUCAGCUGUACCAGGCGCUGCUGAUGAAGCAGCAGCAACUUCCCUCUCAUUCCUCCUCCUCUUCCUCCUCCUCUGGUCUGCAUCACCCUGGUGGCCCCACUGGAGGCCAUGGCUCCGGCAAAUCAAGCCUGGACCCCUUCACAGGCUCACACCAGGCUCCGGGCCUCGUUGACACAAUGCACACCAAAGAGCCGCCGUCUUCGCCCAACGCCUACAGCUCCUACUCCCUUUCUGGACUGAAUCCAAACAUGAAUGUAAACUGCAUGGAGGUCGGGGGUCUGUCCCUGAAGGAGCCCCCUCAGCCCCAAUCCCGCCUGUCCCAGUGGACACACUCCAACUCCAUGGACUCUGGCAACUCCUCAAACAUGGAGCACAACCUCAAUAAGCACGGUGCCAUAUCUGCUGCCUCCAAUCUGGGCCCCCCUGGGAAGCCCCCCCAUCUAGACGACUCCUACAGCCCUUACAAUCUUAUGUCCGGCUCUGACUCCCCCACCAGCCCCCUGGUACCCCAUGACAGUUGGGGCCAGGGCAAGAGCCCCAAUGAAAAGAUCACAAACGGAACCAACAUUAACUGGCCCCCAGAGUUCUGCCCAGGUGUCCCAUGGAAGGGCCUUCAGAACAUCGACCCUGAAAAUGACCCCAACAUGACUCCCGGCAGCGUCCCCAGCGGUCCCACCAUCAACACCAACAUCCAUGAUGUCAACCGAUACCUGCUGCGGGACCGGAAUGGAGGUAAACUCUCUGACAUGAAGUCCACCUGGUCCCAAGGGCCCAUCUCACAGAGCCAAGGCUCACUGUCCCAUGAGCUGUGGAAAGUCCCCCAGGGGCCACGCAGCUCUGUAGCUCCUUCCAGACCCCCACCAGGCCUCACCAGCAGCAAGUCCUCCUCUACCUGGGGCGGCAACUCGCUGGGCCUGGCCCAAGGCUGGAGCAGCUCUUACACCUCCGAGGGAACCACCUGGAGUACUGACAGCCCCACCAGGACAAGCAGCUGGCUGGUGCUGAGGAAUCUCACUCCACAAAUUGAUGGUUCAACUCUGCGGACCCUUUGCAUGCAGCACGGCCCCCUGAUCACAUUCCACCUCAACCUGACCCAGGGAAACGCUGUGGUACGCUACAGCUCCAAGGAUGAGGCUGCCAAGGCCCAGAAGUCUCUGCACAUGUGCGUGCUUGGAAACACCACUAUCCUUGCGGAGUUUGCCGGCGAGGAGGAGGUGAACCGCUUCUUUGCACAAGGUCAGUCACUAGUGGCAAACACCACUAGCUGGCAGGCCAACCCGGGAACCAAUCAAAACCGAAUGGGCGGAGCGCCGCAGUCCCACUCCAUUGGCCAGUGGAGCAGCGGUGGCAGCAAGAACAGCGGCAACGACCUGCUGUGGGGCGGAGUGCCUCACUACUCCAGCCUUUGGGGACCGCCGAGCGGAGAGGACGCCCGCGUGAUCGGGAGCCCUACCUCCAUCAACACCCUGCUGCCUGGAGAUCUACUGAGUGGGGAGUCCAUGUAGGAUGAUGCCACGAUACACUAACCGACCGACCACCGUGUCAUGUAAGCCAAUCGGUGGUUGGUGAGGUGGCAAAAAAUACAACACAAACAAAAAGAUUUAAGUGAACAGGAGCAAAACCCAAGCAAAUCAUGUGGCGAUAAUCAGUAUCAAUUUGAACUGUUUUGAACUGUGAAUUGUGAUUCAGAAGGAAGGGGGGUCCAUACCACAGACUGCAGACUCCACUCCUUCUGUUUUACUUUUAUCCUUCUUUUUUUAUUUCUUUAAUUUUUUUAUGGAAAAGCGGCAAGUUGUUUUCCUUUUGGUAUUUUUGAAAUGCGUCAUAUAAAACAAACUGAAACAAGACACAACACAAAGAAACCUUAAAAGUAUUUUUAGUUUUUCCAUAAGUAUACAUGACAUUCUGUGCGAAGUGUUUUUAGGAGAAGCAAUCAAAGCUGCCAUCUGAGACUUUCCUUUUCCCUCCAAAAAAAGAAAACGAAUCAUCGCAAAAUAAGACUUAAAACGACCAUUCCCAGCAUGUCCAUGGCCAAUGAUGCGGUUCGAAGACCUUUACUAGUUAUGUCAACGUUGUUUUCUCAGCACUAAUAUUAGCCUUAAGUGCUCUCUGGCCCAGGUCCCAUGUUUGUUUUGUAACUGAAGAAAUAGCUGAAAUCUUGCACAGUUUCACCUCUGAGCCAGCAAGUGGUACAGGACACAAUUGGUGACCAACUCUGUCACUGGGCAGUUAGAAGGCCUGGCCAUGUGACUGGCCCUGCCAAUCAUCAGCUUAAUGAUUUUAAUUUGCCUUCUCAAAGGAAUUGCUCAGCUAUUUAAUGUUCUUUUUUUUAUUAGGUUUAGACCCGAGCGCAUUUUUGAUAUCUGUCCCAACAUAUAAGCUGAGAGAAGAUUAUUCGUCAACCUUGUCUCUGUUUUCAUACAUGACCUGUGUAUGUCCGGUGGUGCCCAAUCACUGAUGUCUGCGAGCCCAGAUCCUUCUGGUCACCUUCGACUGGGAACUCACUGGUUCUUUGUUGAAUUUUCAAUUAUCCAGUUUGUUAUGAAGCCCAGUGGUCUGAAUGAUCAGCAAGUUUUUUUGGGGGAAAAAUAUACAAUUUCAUGACAGUUCAUUGUGCAAUAUACAUGAUAGACUUUUCUUCCGUCCAUACUCGAUGUCCACCGGAGCUGGUUUCUCUUAUAUUUUUCUUUUCUUUUUUUGAUUGUUGCUGAUUGCAGCAAAAGACUUUGGAACUCAAAAAGAAAUUAACACCGUACCCCCUUUUCACAACUUGGAUUCCCUCCAGGCUGCCAAUCCCCCUGAUACUGUUGGGUAAACUCUGCAAAGAGGAAGAAGCUACUUUUGAACUGUGCAUACAGCCAACUGUACUGAAGAGUGAAACUGGGUACACACAUGCAUUCUUCCUCUCUGCGUGCCACAGCCACACCCAACAGAGACUGAAUCUACAGUGGGAUUGGAUGGUUCUGGGUAUCUGGCACAAUACCAAAUAAGAGGGGUUUCUCCUAAUGCAGUAAACCUACGAGUGUUCCUUGCGUUUGGUACUGUGUAAACAGAAGAGACUAAGACUUUUAUAAAUUCAAAGGGUUUUAUCAUAGCACUUAUGAAGAGCAAAUCGCUUCAACUGCAAUCCAAUAAAUCAAAAAAAGGAGCAGCAAAAACAUAGGAAAAAAAAAAAAAAAAACUGCUCUUUUAUGUACUGUAUCAACUUCUUGGAAAUGUGUCUGGCGAUGUUCCUCUGGUAGCAGGAUGAAGGGAAACAGAACUGAAAUGUACCAUUGGACUUUUGGCGGGGGGGAAACUGCAGUCUACGAUUCCCCCCCCCCCCCCCUUUGAACUUUAUCAAAGUGAAUAUCACUGUCACUCCAAAUGUUUUCGCCUUGUUCUGCUUGGAGGCACAAGACAUGCAACGUCAGCUUUCUCUCGACGCCUGCUGGCCCGUCAAGCCGGUCAGUCGGUGGAUGAGUCCGAGUGGGGUGGGGAGGUGGAGUGUCCACUGAGUGCCUCUAUGUUGUGGUCCUCUGGGUGUCAAGCGGCAGCCCCACUUCCUCCCGGGCUCCACUUGACCAUCCCUCAGUCUGGCAAGAAAGCGGCUCCUCCGAGGCUCGGCCAAUCACGGCUCUCUGCCACACAAACACGGGCAGCAUCUCAAACGGGGGCCCGCCACUCAACCCUGCGGUCGUCCUGCCCUCCCCCCUCAUCUCUCAGUUCUUUGACACAAAGAUCACUUUAGCUGGAAGAUGUAAUAGUCAUAUUUCUGGAAUUUUUGCCAGUGUACUCUUCUUUUUUUUUGUUGAAAAAAAAAAGAAUGAUUUGACUUUGUUUCCAAUGUGUUCAAUUGUUACUUUUUGUCUAAAUGCAGUGGUCUACAAUAUACUGGCUGCUGACUAGCCCUUCACUGUUCAUAUGCAGAAACACUUUGGUCAGAGGUGCCUCUGUAUGUUCAUCCUGUGUAUUGAAUGCAAAACGAGGAUCAAUACUACAGACCGUAAUUGAUUGUCUAUUAAUUUUUUUUUUUUUAAUGAUCAUGCUUUUAUGUUGGACAGUAUUCUGUAGUACUUCCAGGUAGUACCUUGAGAUGUGUAAAAAAAAAAAAAAUAAGAAAAAGAAAAAAAAGGGGUGUGGGUGUUUGUCGCUCCAAGCUGCUCCGCCUGUCCGCAGGCUGUCCCCCCUUACCCUUUGCCUAGCUGCUACGCUAUAACCUCCUCACCUCCACCACCUCAACCAGACCCAGUAGCCCCCCCCCCUGACCAGGCACCGACAGGCCCUCGUAUCUGUUUCUAUGCAAAAGACUAGAGGCUGGGGCCCUUUACAGCACGCCAAACCCGACUCUGGAAUGAGCUUGGCAAACCCUGACACUUGUCCCCGGUGGGCUCCUGUAAGCACUUUGGCAUCGCCACCGUUUCUGUAAAGUCAGGCAAAGCCACCAGAACACUGUCGUAUACUUAAAGUCCGAACACUUUUAUCAAAAGGUCGAACUUUCUCUCUGCGCUGACGACACUUCUGUCCAGCUUGAUCUCAGGGUUGGGGAGUUGAUGAUUCCAAGCACGAGAUGCAGCUCUCCGUAUCUGUCCUUUCUACUGUGAGAGCGAAGUCUUAGAUUUAAAGGCCAUCGGCGCAACAAUCUGUACAGACCUCAUGCCUCGAACUUAAUCCUGAUUGGAGGAGAAAAGGCUUGUAUUCAAUCCUUUUAUCGAAAGGUGGCCUACAGCUGCUGUUUGGAGGCCUAUUAUUGCAUGUACAAGAUGCCAAUGUAACGUGCCAAUAUAAAUUUGCUGUGUCAUACCGUGUCUUUGUAAACAGCACUUCUGUUCCCUACUCGGAGGAGCUUUGAUAACCUUUGCGGAGGGUGCAGCGGGGGACAGGAGGGAACAAACAAAUGGGCGGCAGCAUCACACCCUGAAAUGACUGAGAUUUUUUUUUUUUUAUGCUUUUGUGGGGAGCGCCCCAUGCUAAGGAGAGAGUCUACUCAGUUGGAGGUUCCAGUUUGCUACAGUGCACAGUUGCUGAUGGGUAAUCCCGGGUACAUAUUUUUUUAAAACCAAAAAUGAAAUCGCAUUUUAACGUCAUUUUUAUGAAGUUUGACAUAAAAAUCUUAAAAAUGCUAAAAAAUCUAAAUGAAAAAAAAAAUAGGAUCUAUAAUAUGUUAAAGCUCUGCACUUAUAGCUGAAACGUCUCCGGCCAUCAGCUUCUACUACCACCAUCUAAAAGGGGUAGACUAGUGGCCGGGGUGCCUUUUUUGUGGAUGCUGUAUUUAUCUUGUUUUUAUGUUUGUGUCCUGCUCAAAGCGGGGCCCGCUGAACUGUACAUUUCCACAGACCCAGAUGGCUUGGGCCCACUGCAUCAGCCUCAACUCCGCUCACUCUGCAUCAGCAAGAGGGGAGGAGGCACAUUUCAAGAGGUACAAAGUCUUAAAAAAUCAUUUAAAGAAAAAAAUGUUUGAAAAUUAAAAAAAUAACAAGAAAACGGGAAAAGGCUACCUUUCAGGACUUGCAGUCCUGCAGCACACAAGCAAAAAUCACUAUUGCCUGUUUCUGUAACUGCCUUGAUCCAAGCUCAGACAGACCCAAUAGCCGAGGACCUCCCAGCAUCCUGUACUAACUGGAGAACCCUGACAGUGAAGGGGGUUUCCCAUGCUGCACCAGCAUCGAGAGGGUCUCCUCUCUACAGCUCUGUUCUAGAUAACAGUAUAUAAUGUAUGUAUACACUACAUAUAUGUAUAUGUAUAUACUGUGAGUGUGGUGUGUAGUAUCACCUCUUCUGACUUCUUGGAUCGUAACCUCUGAAACUUUUCGUUUUUGUUUGAAAAGGUCUCGGUUUGAUACACCUGAAAAUGAGCAAUAUGUAUUUUCCCCGCAAAUAAGUGACACAAAGGAACGAAUUAGGGUCGGGUGUAAACAGAUACUUGAUUAAUUGAAAGCUGCGUCGUUGUUCUACGGAGUUGGAUAUGCACGUUCUGGUUUUGAUGACAUAUUACAGUACUUUGAAGUGCUCGUACUGUAUAUAUGUGUUUGUUAGUUAGGCCAACCGGAAUCCCCUGGUUUGAUGCAUAUUUUACCCAGUUGAUGAGAGAAAAAAAAAAUCACAAACAUAUCAAAACAAAAAAUCAAACACAAAUACUUGAAUCAUGGAGCGCCAAUAACGUAAUGUGAAGUCAGUAAUUCUUUAUAUUUUUUUGUUCUCUCCGUCUGACAGGUACACUUAGGGGCUUUUUAGAGAAUAUCAAAAAUGUAUUGCAUUAAGUUACGAAUACAGAAUCUCUGAAAAAAAAAAUGCAAAAGUCAUCUUAGAUGUGUGCUUGAAAGUCCGAUGUUUGUAUGAAUGUGUGCGCACAAGACCGUGCGCACAGGGCACAGGGCCUGCUGUUAUGUUCCACUCAGUAUGUUAUAUUUUGUCUGUUUUUAUCUUUUCAUUUGUGUCGUUACUUUGUCAAAAACUAUUCUGAUAGACGUUAUCUUCUAACGUUGCACUGAGUGUCUUCUACCCCUCACUCAGCUAAUCGUAGGUAAACGAGUCUAAGUACGGAGGGGAGAUGGUGACAAUUCACGUGUACAUGUUUACUCAAGGACUUAAUGGAUUUUUUUUUAUUCUAUCUGUAAAAAGUUUAUCUACCUUAUAGUGGCUUUUAUUGUGGAAUAAUCCAGUACAAGGGUUAUCAUUGAGUAUUGCACCAUUUUGUUCCAGUUAUACAAUAAAAAUAAGAAAAAAAUAAGAAAUAGAAAAAAAAAAGAAAAAAACUUAAAAAAUGGGGAAAAAACAAAGAACUGUUGCCAUAGAUAGCUGUAGAAGGACUAGUAAUCCCUGUGUUAACUUCAUGUGCAAAUGGAAAAGGGAUAAAAGUGUGGGAGGUGAGUUUGUUACAAGACUCAUUUCAGAGGUGCCUAUCUUUUCUGUUCUCGUUUUUUGCAAAAGCCACUCGUCGUUUACAAGCAUUUCAUGUGUCUGAAGUUCAAGGAAAUAGAAAUUUAUAAACAGGAAUGUUGUGUGAAAAACAAAUGAAAAAAGAAAAAGGACAAAUUUCAUCUACCAUCAAAUAUGGACAUGAAAAAAACCUUGCAAAAUGAAGAUUUAUGCUACUUUUCAGAACUCUGGGAUUGAUCAGUGUUGUGUCAUACUUCAGAUUUUGAUUUCUCUUUUUUUUUUCGAUGUGGACAGACUAUCUCUGUGUGUUGAGUUGUGAUUUUAUGUUUCCUGUAAGCGACGCCGUUUGCUUACGAUCUUGCACACUCAUUAAAAAAGAUGUGGAUUUUGUCUCAGGAAGGCCAGGGUUCCAGAUCCCAACUCCCAUCAUUUCUAUGUUUAAUGUUUGUAUGAAAAAACAACAAAAAAAAAAAACAAGCAACUGAAAACAAUUCAACUCCAAGCAAAGCACUGAAGGG